GUAUACUUCAAACAUCUUGAUUUUGAUCGUUUAGUGACGAUUAUAUAGGGAUAGGAUCGAUUGUGCACGAAUGAGCCGCUGGAAAUCCUAGAAUGGAUUUUCCGGAGAUUCUGCAAAGUCGAUUUACGUGAUUUUCAGAGUAGCGCGAGAUCCUAAUGGUGUGACCGUCACGAAACGUGGAGGUCGCCGACGCCACCUACGCAUAAUUCCAUAUUUAAUCCGAUAGAAUACAAGUGCGGCUACCGGGUUAUGUGUCAACAUAAACAAUGUUAUUUAUUUAAUUGCCGUGGGAUCGUUGUAUUUUGUAACCGUGUCCCGACCGCCUUGGUGGAGGAAGGCGAUGUCUCCGUCCAUUUGUAAGAUGUGUACAGUUGAAAAGUAGUCUAUCUAUGUGUAUAUUUGUAUACACAAAAUACAUAGUUUUAAAUCGAGACAGAUGAACAGAAAAGCUGUCUUCAAAGUGAGUAAAAAAAAUGCUCAACAGACCUGAGCGAACAAGUUCAAUGCUGUAUCAAGAUACUCAGAAGAGCUGGACCGAUGAUUUGCCUGUCUGCAAGCAAUCAGGUGUUGGUCUGUCAACCAAUCAGAUAUACAGAGAGGAUGGAUAUCGUCAAGAAGAGCACGAGUGUGAAGAUAAGAGCUUUCACUGCAAGCACGAUGAUAACACCUUCCUUUAUGCAGUUUUUGAUGGUCACCAAGGCACAAAAGCGGCUGCCUUUGCUAUGCAACGAAUGGCUGCUGAGAUUCUUCUAGGUCAAUUGAUUGGCAAAAGUACCGAUGAGGAAGUCAAAGAAGUUUUAAGGCAAGCUUUUAUAGCUGUUGAGAGAGGCUAUAUGGAUUCAAUGGGUGACUUGCUAGCCGAGAGAAUGAGUUUACAAUUUGAGAUGCCGGAUGGCUUGAAUGUGUAUGAGGCUUAUCAAAAAUGCCCUGACUUGGUUCAUAAAUUGAAUUUAAUCAACUAUGAAUUAUCAGCUGGGACAAGUGCUGUGGUUGCAUUGGUUUAUAACAACAGAUUAUAUGUUGCUAAUGUUGGUGACAGUAGAGCUUUGUUGUGCAAAACAGAUAGUAAUCAAGUACUAAGGGUCAUUCAGUUGACUGUUGAUCAUGAUUUAAGAAACGAAGAUGAGUUACUUAGAUUAUCUCAACUUGGACUUGACAUUAAAUCUAUAAAACAAGGAUCUCAUUUAGGAAAUCAAGAAAAUACAAGAUGUUUAGGGAAUUACUUAGUAAAGGGAGGCUACAAAGAAUUUGAAGACUUGUCUAAGGCUACUGCCGAACCAAUAAUAGCAGAACCGGAAAUUCACGGAGGUAUUGAAUUAGAUGAAUCGUGUAGAUUUUUACUUCUCAUGUCUCGAGGCUUGUAUAAAUCUCUAGAAGAUGCUACUGGGACUGAACAAGUCAACAAAGAAUUAGCUUUGAUGGCAGUUGAACAGUUUAGGAUACAAAAGACUUUGCCAGGGGUAGCUCAAGCUGUGGUUGACAAAAUUGUACGUAUCCACCACGACGUCAACAUGAGUAAUAGCAACGCAGCCAACGGAAAACGAGACGACAUAACGCUUCUAGUUCGGAAUUUUAACUUCCCUCUACCGAAUGCUAUAAAAAGUCCUACAUCGGCAUACAAUCCUCUUCUGCUGACAUCUCGAGGCACCGUCGACUACAACAUGACAAUAGAAGAACCUGGCACGUCGACGACGUCGACCGAAACGUACAACAGCGCAAGAGCAGCAGACAACAGAAACGUAAGAAUAAAACCGUACGUUGAUUUUUCCGAAUAUUACGCAAACUACGAGAAAAGGAAAAAGGAUGGCACUCUGCCAAAGAGAUUUCAGUCUUAGCCAUGAUCAAUGAAUAGCCCUUUUACUGAAAAAAAAUGUGAUCGAUUGUACAUAGAAUCAUUAAUUAUAUUUAAGCAUAAUAAGUUUCUUAGACAUCUCUUUUUGAAAUAUUAAAUCAAUGGACUUUUUCUAAUAGUAUAUCAUUUUGUACUCUAUUAGGAAUUUUAACUUGAAUCUUGUUAUUAGGUUGUUGAAUGAGUUUUUUUCAUUCAAAAUUUUAGCUUUUUUUUACUUCAAAAUAGUCAAAAAGUAUUUUAAAUCAAAGCAAUAUUUUAAUCUCAAUACUCAUUUAGAUUUUUAAAUAAAUCAUUUUUAAAAAUGAUUUUAUCUUAUUUAUUGAAGGGAAAGUUAUUUACCUUAUCUCAAAUGGUUAUUGUUUUUAAAAUAAAAUCAUGUAAAGUAUUGUUGAAAAGGUGAAUAACAAUAUUGUGCAGUGUGAGUGAUUUUUUCCUUAUACUUUUAUUGUAAAUAAUGUAAUAAAAAAACAUAUGUACAUUAUAAAAUCACAGAAAUAUUGUGUUUGAGUCGGUUGUAAAUAUUAACAAAAAUACGCUACGUAAUAAACAUUUUCAAAAUUAAAA